UCCCGUUACCUCAUUGACAUUCAGUCCCAGUGAGAGACACAGACAGAGAGUAAGAAGACAUUGUCCGGGACAGAGACAGCAGUUGUACUGAUGUAGUUGCUACAUAGCGACAGCAAAUGGACAUUUUGGGCGGAAUGAAGAUUAAAGUUUGAUGUGAGCAUGAACGAGCGUGAUAUCUGAGGAACACUGAGUGUGUUCUGACCUGGAUUCAGUGAAGAGUUUGGGAGAGACAGGGCGAGGGGUGAGGGGUGGACGAGGAUUUACUGGGUCAAACAGACCGACGACCCCCACCACUGAAGAAGAAGGGAAAGUCAGAGGAGGACUAAGAAGAAAAAACACCAGACAAAGCACAGAGGAAACCAUGAACACUGAAAAGCCGCGUGUGCUGUGACUUCCUGAUGUCUAGAAGUGAGGUGAACUGAUCUGGAGAGAGAAGCACAAUGUCACGAUCAGACGAGGUCAACAAAAUGACAGAAAAUGUCUACAAGGGCAUUCUGGAGCAGUUCAACCCCAGUCUGAAGAAUUUUGUCACCAUGGGCAAACACUAUGAAAAGGCUCUGACAGGCGUCACAGUAGCAGCAAAGGGUUAUUUUGAUGCUCUGGUCAAACUAGGAGAGCUGGCCAGUGACAGCCAGGGCUCGAAAGAACUGGGUGAUACGUUGUUCCAGAUGGCAGAGGUUCAUCGGCAGAUCCAGGUCCAACUCGAGGAUGUGCUAAAGCUGUUUCAUUCAGAGCUGCUGUCUCAACUCGAGCAGAAACUGGAGCUAGACAUCAAAUAUCUGACCGCGACGCUGAAGAAGUACCAGAGUGAGCGGAAGUCAAAGGUGGAGUCCAUUGAGCGCUGCCAAUCACAGCUGAAGAAGCUGCGGAGGAAGAGCCAAGCUAGUCGCCAUCCCAACAAAUAUGGAGACAGAGAGAUGCAGUAUGUGGAGCUGAUGAGUCGCCGGCAGGGCGAGCUGGACUCUCUGGUUGCCGUUGGUUACCGCUCCGCUCUGACAGAAGAAAGGCGGCGCUAUUGCUUUCUGGUGGACCGUCAGUGUUCAGUCACCAAGAUCCUCACCAACUACCACUGCAAGGUGAGAGAGCUGUUGUCUCAGAAGCUGUCAUCGUGGCAGCAGUCAUGUGCACAGCCAACCAAGCUCCCGGAGCGAGCGCUGAGCCUGCUGCGUCACACCGCUCCCCAGAGCUCUGGAGGAGCCGGACUCGCCGAGGUCCUGCGCAACGCUAAACUGGGAAUCACUCAACACGGAGAACAGAGGUUGUCUGUACAGGAAGUCCCGCCUCUGUUGAACGGUGACAGCAGCAGUCGUCCUCAGCAGCAGCAGUCUCACCAGAACCCCUCCAGUAAUGGACACGCCCACUCCGGCUCUUCAGCCAGCCCCGCCCACUCCCAGCCAGCAGUGGGCGUGUCCGGGUGUCAGUCUCCUCCCAUUGUUAGCCACACCCUCAGCUCCGCCCACAGCACCCCUCUGUCCCGUGUGCUGUCCAGCUGUCCUGCUGCUCCCGAUCUCUACUCCACCUCCACACUGCCUCUGCCCAGGAGACAGUCCAGCGACACUCGCCAGGGACUCAUGGGUGUGUGUGUGAGGUGUCAAUGA